GGGACCUUCCGGAUUGGGACCGGUGCUUUAGCCGCCAAUUACUUCUCGGCCCUGAAUUGAAAUUGUCUCUUACAUCAAAUUUGAUGCUGUCGGCUCCCGGCGCCAGGCACACCGCAAUCAGUAACCCGCUGACCGACCUACCCGAGCGUUGUUGCCUUGGCGGCGUCACCGUGUCGCAGCGAGCUGCCCAAUCGAGCACAGGCCGCGAGAUAGGAAUGAUGCGUGAUGUUGCUUCCGCCCUGGGGGAGCUGGCCUUUUGAUCCCCGGCUCGCCUACAGAGCGAAUACUGUGUAACUGUGACUAUCAUUGCGGGUCACUGCAGCUGGCCCGGCGCCCAGCCGCGGGAAAGUCCAAAAACGGGCCACAAGGGGGGAGCGCGAGGUGCGAGGGUCUCUUGGCAGUGAAUCCCAAGACGCGCCCGUGAUGCCUCAAAAGGCCAGGCCGCGCCCACCGAACCGACGUAGCCAGGGGGCUACCCUCCCCUCGCUCUGCACCCACUCCCACCUUGGUUCCCGCCGCCAGCCCUGCCCGCCGCCCAUCAUGAAGUUCACGUCCGCCUGGAUGUCGUUGUGCCUCGCGCACACGGCCGGGGCCUGCCUCCUGCCCGGCGAGUCGGCGCACAAGGGCCCGGGGUCGUUCCUGAUCCGCCGCCAGGGCGACAACACGGGCAUCGCCGUCGGCACGGGCGACAGGUUCGACGGCGGCAAGACCUUCCCUCGCGGCCUCGGCACCCAGCCCGCGGGGACCAACCUCGAGAGCCUGCUCAGCGUCGCCGAGAUCUACUCGGGCUUCGAGGGCCUGAAGCGGGAGUACGGCAUCACGGCGUUUGAGGCGCCCGACAAGACGUACGAGAACAGGACCAUAUUUGGUGGAGCCAUCGGCGGAAGCGGUGGAAACUGCUCUAGCGCCUACCACGUCUACCUGAACGGCGCCAUCCACGCGCGAGAACGCGGCUCACCCGACAACAUCCUGUACUUCGUCUCGGACCUGCUCUACGCCGACAAGCACAACACCGGCCUGACCUACGGCGGCCGCCAGUACUCCAACUGCGACGUCAAGCGCGCCCUGAAAACGGGCAUCGUCUUCGUGCCGCUAUCCAACCCCGACGGCGUCGCCUGGGACCAGUCGACCAACACGUGCUGGCGUAAGAACCGUAACCCAGCCUCGGCCACGCCCGGCAACCCCGACUCCGUCGGCAUCGACCUCAACAGGAACUUUGACUUCCUGUUCGACUUCCUCAAAAAGUUCCACCCGGACGUCGGCCCCAACGUGGCGUCGGUGGACCCGGCGGACCAGACCUUCCACGGCACCGGCGCCUUCUCGGAGCCCGAGACGCGCGCCAUCAAGUGGGUCAUGGACAAGUUCCCCAUCCGCUGGUACCUCGACCUGCACUCGUACACGGGCGCCCUGCUGCACAGCUGGGGCAGCGACCACAACCAGAUGCGCAAGCCCUACAUGAACUUUAUGAACUCGAGCUACGACAGCGUCCGCGGCCUCAUGCCCGACGACCCGGCCUCGGGCGCCGUCUACGAGGAGUACAUGCCGAGCAACGACUGGCGCGACGCGACCUACGCCGCCGUCCGCAGCGUCAACUCGAUGGAGGCCGCCACCGGCCGCCACUACGAGACCAUGCAGGCCAGCCUGCUGUACCCGACCAGCGGCGCGUCCGACGACUACGCGACGUCGCGCCACUUCGCCGACCCCUCGGCCAACAAGAUCUUUAGCUACUGCCUCGAGUUCGGCUUCGGCAAUAGCCAGGCCUCGUGCCCCUUUUACCCGACCCCGGAGCAGUACCGCCUGAACAUGCUCGAGGUCUCGGCUGGCCUGAUGGAGUGGGUCCUGGCCGCCGAGGAGAUUGGCGUCGGCGAGGCGCGGUGCUAAUCUGGCAUGAAUGGGUGCCUUGCUUUGGUAGACAGGCUUGCGGAGGAAUAUCUUGCAGUCUAGGCCUAAUCAAGUGCGACUUUCAUGAAGAAAAUAUGCCAUGAGUAAUAAAUGAGCGAUCACCUCGUAAUUUGACCA